UGAAGAGCCGCGGGAGAGAUGACGGGCGCAGCGCGCGCGGUGGCGGGGGCCCCGGGGGGGCGGCCCCGCGGCGCCCGGCUCGCCCUGCUGCGGGCGCUCGUGCACGCGUGGCUGUGGGCCGCCGCGGGCUCGUCCGCGCAGGUGUUCAACCUCAGCCUGGGGGUGGACGAGGGGCUGCCCGCCGGCACGCUGGUGGGCGACAUCCGCGCGGGCCUGCCGGCCGCUCGGCAGCAGGCGGGGGGCGGCUUCUUCCUGUCGGAGGACUCGGAGGACUCCCCGCUGCUGGCCGACUUCCACGUGCACGCGGACACCGGCAUCAUCCGCACGGCCCGGCGGCUGGACCGCGAGCGGCGGGAGCGCUACAGCUUCGCGGCCGCCACGCUGCUGGGCGAGGUGGUGCAGGUGGAGAUCCGCGUCAACGACGUCAACGACCACGCGCCCCGCUUUCCCCGCGCCUCCCUGCGGCUGGACGUGUCGGAGCUCAGCCCGCCGGGGACGGCUCUCCGCCUGCCGGGCGCCCACGACCCGGACGCGGGGCCGUUCGGCGUCCAGGGCUACACCCUGCUGCCCGCGCCCGACGCUCCGCAGGACCCCGCGGGCCCCUUCUUCCGGCUGCGCUACGGGCCGGCGUCGGCGCCCCCGGCCGCGGCCGCGUCGGCGCCGGAGCCCCUGGAGCUGGUGCUGCUGCGGCGCCUGGACCGCGAGGCGGCGGCCGCGCACGAGCUGAGCGUCGAGGCGUGGGACGGCGGCAGCCCGCGGCGCACCGGGCGGCUGCGCGUGCAGCUGCGGGUGCUGGACGAGAACGACAACCCGCCGGUGUUCGAGCGCGCCGAGUACCGCGCGGCGGUGCGCGAGGACGCGCGGCCGGGCGCCGAGGUGUGUCGCGUGCGCGCCACCGACCGCGACCUGGGGCCCAACGGCCUGGUGCGCUACAGCCUCCGGGAGCGGCCGGGGCCCGGCGAGCCGGGCUUCUUCUCGGUGGAGGAGCUGAGCGGCGUGGUGCGGGUGCAGAGGCCUCUGGACCGCGAGGAGCAGGCCUGGCACCAGCUGGUGGUCCAGGCCCGCGACGGGGGCGCCGAGCCGGAGGUGGCCACCGUGCGCGUGUCCAUCGCCGUGCUGGACGUGAACGACAACCCGCCGGCCAUCCACCUGCUCUUUCUCACCGAGGGAGGCGCGGCCCGGGUCUCCGAGGGCGCCCAGCCGGGCGACUACGUGGCUCGAGUCUCGGUGUCCGAUGCGGAUGGAGGCCCAGAUGAGGAGGCGGCGGCGGCCGAGGUGCCGGGCGCACGCCCUGGGCCGGGCAGCAUCGAGCUGUCCCUGGAGGGUGGGAACGGAGCCUUCGCGCUGCGGCCGGGCGGGCCUCCGGGAGUGUUCUUCCUUUGCGUCGCGGGCCCCUUGGACCGGGAAAGCCAAGAUCUGUACCAGUUACGGCUAGUGGCCACGGACGCAGGCGCCCCGCCGCUGAGCACGGAGGAGGCCCUGCUGCUCUGGGUCUCGGACCUCAACGACCAGCCACCUGUCUUCAGCCAGGAGCAUUACUGGGCGUCGGUGUCCGAGGCCGCGGUCCCAGGUACCUCGGUCGUUUGGGUCAGCGCUUUGGAUGCGGACCAGGCUGGCACGGAUCACGCCAGGCUGCGGUACACGCUGGUUCAGCUCCCGGAUCCCCGCGACUCUCCGCCACCCACGGCAGAGCGCUCGCCCUCCUUCGGCAUCGACCCCGAGACCGGUUUGAUCAGCACCACCCGAGCUCUAGACCGCGAGGUCCAGGAGGCAGUGGAGCUGAGAGUGGUGGCGCAGGACCUCGGAGAGCCGCCUCUCGCCGCCACCUGCCUGGUGAGCAUCGCUGUGGACGACGUGAACGACAACGAGCCGGUUUUCCGGAGGCAGGUGUAUAACGCCACCCUUGCCGAGCACGCCCCGGUUGGGCACUGCUUCCUGCAGGUAACAGCGUUGGACGCAGACGCAGGGCUCUACGGCUUCGUUGAGUAUUCUCUUUAUGAUGGGUUCCAGAGCCACGAGGCACCUCUGGCAUUCCAGAUCGGCCCGCAGGAUGGACGCAUCUGUGUGUCCCAGGAUGUAGACAGGGAAAGGGAUCCCAGCACCUUCGAUCUGUUGGUGAAAGCGAAGGAUGGGGGUGGUCUUAGUGCCCAAGCCUUCGUCCGGGUGGAAGUGGAGGAUGUGAACGACAAUGUCCCUGCCUUUAAUCCAUCCACCUACGAGACGAGCAUCAGCGGCCAGACCCCGCUGGGGACCGAGAUCAUCCAUGUUCAUGCGAGUGACCGGGAUUCUGGGAUAUAUGGAACGGUGACUUAUGAACUCAUCCGGGAGGACCAGCCGUCACUCUUCACCAUCGACUCCGCCACAGGUAUAAUUUACUUGACAUCAACUCUCAGCCAUUUGGAAGCUACCACACUUUUCCUGAUGGUCGGUGCUCGGGAUGGUGGUGGGCUCCCGGCUGCCACCAAUGCUCACGUCACCAUCCACAUCCUGCAGACCACGCUGGCUCCCGCAGAGUUUGAAAGGCCUGAGUACACGUUCUCGGUUUAUGAAGAUGUGCCAGAGGACACUCUCAUCGGAACAGUGAAGGCAACAGAGUCCUUGAACUCCUCAGAGCCAGUGUCUUACCGAAUUUCCUCCGGCGACCUGGAAGGGCGGUUCUCCAUCCACAGGUGGCUGGGCAGCAUCCGCACCCGGAAGCCUCUGGACCACGAGGCGCAGCCCACGGUGGUGCUCACGGUGCAGGCGCGGCUCGGCAGCUCCCCCGCCUGCGGCAGCACGGAGGUGAGCAUAACGGUGCUGGACGUCAACGACAACCGCCCCGAGUUUCCCACAGCCUCGGAUGAGGUCAGGGUCGCCCGGACCACGCCGCCCGGCACGGCCCUGUACCUCGCGAGGGCGGAGGACCGCGACAGCGGGCCGAACGGGCUGGUCCGGUACAGCGUGGCGAGCCCGCAGCCCCGGGAGUUCAGCGUGGACCGCGGCGGCGGGGUGCUGUACCUCAGGGAGAGCCUGGCAGGCCGCGGGCCCUUGAGGCUGACCCUGGUGGCCGAGGACCACGGGGCGCCUCCCCUGGCGGCCCUGCUGGAGCUCACGGUAGUCGUCGAGAGCCCGGAGGAGAGCCCCGCCGCGGCGUUCGAGCAUUUGGUCUACCAGGCGGAGGUCCGCGAGGGCCUCCCGCCGGCGACGCGGGUGCUGCAGGUGCGGGCCUGCCCCCUGCCCCCGCGGCCCGCGGCCCCGCAGAUGCUGUACUCCCUGGAUGUGAGCACGGACGCGGCCGCGUUUGGGGUCCACCCGCACACGGGGUGGCUCUUCCUGCGGCGCCAGCUAGACUACGAAUCCGCGCGGACGUACAGGUUCACAGUGUUUGCGCGGGCCCCGGGGGACGGCUUCCUGCGGAACGCGAGCGCCUCGGUGACUGUUCGCGUUCUGGACGAGAACGACAAUUCCCCGGCCUUCUUGCAGAGCAAGGUGUUUCUGAACGUCGAGGAGAGCCCUGUCCCCCUGGGGGUGAUAGGCAAACUGGCAGCCGCGGAUGCCGACUCCGGGAAGAACGCGCAGCUGUCCUACAGCCUUCUGAACGAUGGAAAAGUCUUCAAAGUGAACCCCAACACAGGUGAGCUGAUCAGUUGGUUGGCACUGGAUCGUGAGCACCAGGGCCAUCAUCACCUGACUGUUCUAGUGACAGACCACGGCUCCCCACCACGGAACGCCACCAUGGUGGUUUACGUCACAGUUACUGACCUCAAUGACAACAGGCCGUUUUUCCCACAGUGUCUCCCGGGGAAAGAAUUUCACAUCAAGGCUUUGGAGGGUCAGCCAGUCAAUACCUUGGUUACCACCAUCUUUGCAAAGGAUCUCGAUGAAGGACUCAGUGCAGAACUUACCUACUCCAUCUCUUCAGAUUACCCUGCUCACUUCAAGAUCGAUGCCAACAAUGGUGAAAUAAGAACAACCACGGUACUUUCACAUGACUAUAGAUCUUCCUAUAGGAUGACAGUCAUUGCCAGUGACCAGGGAGCACCUCCACUUCAAGGAGAGGCAGUUAUUAACAUUCAGGUGAUACCACUCUCCAAAGGGAAGGCUUUUCUGUCUCAGAACAUCCGACAUUUAGUUAUCCCAGAAACCACGAAGCCUACAAAAGUCAUGAGCCUGAUGAAGUCACCUCAUCCCCCUCAGCAGCACCACAGUGGGACGUUACACUUCAGCAUUGUUGCGGAGGACAAGGAUGGCCACUUUGAAGUAGACAGCUCCACAGGAGACUUGUUCCUCUCUAAGGAACUCGACUAUGAAACGACAUCUCAUUAUCUUAUCAGGGUGAUUUCUAAUGACCACAGCCAAAGCCCUCCCUGGAAUAGCACAGUCUUCCUGAGUGUGGAUGUGGAAGACCAGAACGACCAUUCCCCAUCUUUCCAGGAUGAGUUCGUUGUGAUAAGUGUAAAGGAGAAUGUCCCUGUAGGGACUGCGGUAUACACCUUCAACGCCAAAGACGGCGAUGGCAGUUUUCUGAACAGCAGGAUACAGUACUUUGCAGAGUCCAGCCAUGUUGGCAUGAACCCGUUUCUCAUCCACCCCUCCUCUGGCACACUGGUCACUGUAUCUCCCCUGGACAGAGAGAAUGUCCCAUCUUUCAUUCUGAUCGUAACUGCAUCUGAUCAGGCAGUGAAUGUGACCGACCGGCGAUGGAGGUCACUGGUAGCAGAAGUGGUGGUUUUGGAUGUGAAUGACCACAGCCCCACCUUUGUGUCCCAUCCCAUCGCCUUCGUCAGGGAGGAUGCUGAGGUGGGCUCCCUGGUGCACCGAGUGAGCGCCCAGGACCUGGAUGCGGAGAUGAACGGAGAAAUAACAUACAGCAUACUCUCAGGAAAUGAGGACAUGGUCUUCAUGUUAGAUGGGUCAUCAGGCUUGCUAAGAACAGCUCGCCCUUUCGACUACGAAGUGAAAACUCAGCACGUCCUGACCCUCAGGGCCCAGGAUGGUGGCAUGCCAGCACUUUCUUCAUCCCAGACCCUGACAGUUACUGUCCUUGAUGUAAAUGAUGAGACUCCUGUAUUUACGCAACUUCUGUAUGAAACUUCCGUUAGAGAAAACCAAAGUCCAGGGGUGUUCGUCACCAGGGUCGAAGCUGAGGACACAGAUUCAGGAAUCAAUUCCAAGCUUCAGUUUGAAAUCAUGCCAGGACCUGCCUUUGGAUUGUUUGAGAUCAAUCCUGACACGGGAGAGGUGGUGACAACUGUCACAUUUGACCGAGAAGCUCAAGACGUCUUUACACUUCGAGUGCUUGUGCGAGACGGUGGAAUCCCUUCACUGUCCAGCACUGCCACCAUCAUCUGCACCAUUGAAGAUGAAAAUGACCACGCCCCCGAGCUGAUUGUCCUCAGUCCCGAGAUUGAAAUUCUGGAAAACCAAGAUCCAGGGGUCGUCUAUGCCAUGUUGGCUUUUGAUGCGGAUGCCGGCAGCAAUGGCAUGGUCACCUACCACAUAGCCGGUGGAAACACUGAUGAGUACUUCGCUAUUCAUGCAACCUCAGGAGAACUCUCAACAACUCGUGCUUUAGACCGUGAGCAGAUCAACAAUUUCAACCUUACUCUCCUGUGCUCAGACCUGGGGACUCCAGCUCGAAGCUCUGUGAUGCAGCUGCAUGUUAGGGUUUUGGAUGACAAUGACCACAUCCCUUCUUUUCCUAUGCUUCAUUAUCAGUCCUCUCUGAGAGAAGAUGCUGAAGUGGGCACCGUGGUCCUGGUGCUGUCUGCUGUGGACAGAGAUGAGGGCCUCAAUGGGCAGGUGGAGUAUUUUCUUCUGGAGGAAACUUCCGGUGCAUUCACUGUUGAUCCUGUAACAGGGACAGUGAGAACCAGCCGUGCACUUGACCGAGAAGCCAGAUCCCAGCACACGUUCCAGGCUGUGGCCAGAGACUGCAGCGCCCAAGGCGUAAAGAGCAGCACGCUAGAUAUACUCAUAUCCGUCACUGACGCUAAUGACAAUAAUCCUGUGUGGGAAGAGAACCCAGUUGAUGCUUUCAUUUCCCCCAAGCUGUCGCUAAACCAGACCAUUGCUCAUCUGAGGGCCAGUGACCCUGACGCAGGGCCCAACGGAACUCUUAGGUUCAGUUUCGUAGACACCCAGUCAUUGUUUUCUAUUGAUGCGCACACAGGAGAAAUUAAACUUCAGCAGAAUCCCUCUUCAGAGUAUUUUCCUAUGUGGGUGCAGCUAAGGGCCACAGAUCAAGGGAUUCCGGCGAGGGCAACCACGGGCCUCUUGGUUGUCCAUAUGGAAGGAGAGGACAGGAAGCUUUCCUUCAGCCACCAUCUCUACACAGGACUCGUGACUGAAAACUGUGAGCCAGGUACUUCUGUUGUGACUGUAAAGGCUUUUGCUCUUGUCUCAGUUCCAGACUCCAUUACAUAUUCAGUUUUUAGCGGGAAUGAAGAUGGAGUGUUUUCCCUGGAUUCUAACUCAGGAGAGCUCAUCGUAGAAGAGCCGGAACUCCUUGAUUCUGAAGUCAGGCAUGAAGUACAGCUCACCAUUCUAGCUGAGAGCGACAGGCAUAGAGCCUUCACCACAGUAGCAGUUUCCAUCCAGGAUCUGAAUGAUAAUUCUCCACGCUUUACACAAAGUGUGUACCAAGCAUCAGUGUCUGAAGGACAGUUCUACAAUACUCAUGUCAUACAGGUCUUUGCUGCUGACUUGGAUGAAGGCCUGAACAGCCUGGUGGAGUAUUCCAUUGUGUCGGGCGACCAGGCCUUCCAGAUUGAUGCACUGAGCGGGGUCAUAACCACAAGUUCCGCGUUGGACUACGAGUCCGCCAAUGCCUACAGCUUGAUUGUGCAAGCAACAGACAGCGGGGUGCCCAGGCGUUCCAGCACAACUGUGGUCAAUAUACAGGUGAUAGAUAUAAAUGAUAAUGCCCCAGUCUUCCUCCCUUCUGAAGCAGUAGAAAUUGCGGAAAAUUCUUUGCCUGGUGUAAUUGUAUCUCGGGUAUCCGUUCAUGAUGCGGAUCUGAAUCCAGCUUUCACCUUCAGUUUUGUCAAAGAAAGCAGUUCCGGAGCCAAGUUCGCUAUCAGCCGGAACACUGGAGUGGUGGUGCUGGUGCAAACGCUGGAUUUUGAAGAAGUUACUGAAUAUGAGCUGAUCGUCCGAGUUUCCGAUUCAGUGUACCACACAGAGGGCUCCCUCCUUAUCCACGUGCUGGAUGUCAAUGAUAACCCACCGGUGUUUCCUCAAGAUUUCUAUCAGGCUAAGCUUCCUGAACUCACACCUGGGGGUCGCUCAGUGCUGAUGCUGUCUGCCACAGACCUGGAAAGCAGCGAGGACAUUUCCUACAGGAUCCUCUCCUCCUGCGAGGGCUUUGCCAUCGACCCUCGGAAUGGCACCAUUUUCACUACCGAUCCUGUAUCACUUCCGGAUGAGACGGCACCGCUUCGGUUUCUGGUUGAAGCCAGGGACGGAGGACUUCCGCCGCUGAGGGCUCUCACGUUAGUGGAGAUAGAAGUGCAAGACGUGAACGACCACGCGCCUGAGUUCACAGCGGGGCGCUACAGUCUGGGCGUGCGCGAGGAUGCCCCCGCCGGAAGCACGCUCCUGGCGUUUUCAACAGCGGAUGCGGACCGCGGUUCUGAAAACGCGCGCGCCGAGUACGCGAUCAUCGGCGGCGACCCGCACGGCUACUUCGGCCUCGAAGCCCGCCCCGCGGGCUCGGAGCAGCCCCGCCAGCAGGGCGGCGCGCUCGUGCUGCGCCGCGCCCUGGACCGGGAGGCCAGCGCCAGCCACAGGCUGGUCCUGCUAGCGUCCGACCGCGGCUGCCCUCCGCGGAGCGCCACGAGCGUCGUGGCCGUCGAGGUCCUCGACGUCAACGACAACCCCCCCGCCUUCGGCAGGCGGCGGUACCGAGCCCACGUCAGGGAAAGCGCCCCCGUGGGGAGCCCCGUCGCCGUGGUGUCGGCGGGGGACCGCGACGCGGGCGCGCACGCCCGGGUCACCUACCGCAUAGUCGCUGGGAACGAGAAGGAGCACUUUCACCUCGAGGAAGGAACUGGGGUUCUGUCUCUGGCGAGGGCUCUGGAUUACGAGGAAACGGCCGCGUUCGCCCUCACCGUGCAAGCCGCGGACGGGGCGGAGACGCACGUGUCUUUUGCUGCGGUGCGCGUCAGUGUGUUAGACGACAACGACCACGGACCUCAGUUCAGGGCCUCCGCCGUGGCCUGCGUCGCUCCGGAAGACCUGCCUGCCUUCUCCGUGCUGUGCGCCGUGCACGCGCUGGAUUUGGACGCGGGGCCUUACGGAGAAGUGACGUACUCCAUCUUGUCACCCUGCCCUGUUCCCCGCGGGAUGCAGCCCCGCCAGGAUCUCUUUGCCAUCGACCCGCUAACGGGGGACAUCCGCGCGCAGCAAACGCUCGACUAUGAGAGCGUUAGCCGGCACUGCCUCAGGGUUCAGGCCGCAGACAGAGGGGGCGCCGCAGCGUCCCUGGAGGUGUGGGUGGAGGUUGAAGGGGUGGAUGAGUUCGAACCCGUCUUUACUCAAGAUCAGUAUUUUUUCAGGCUCCCCGAGAAGGGGCGAGGCCGGCAGCUGAUCGGCACGGUGGAAGCCUCGGAUGCGGAUGCGGGCGUGGACGGCGUCGUUGUUUACUCCCUUGGAACUCCGUCCCCUCUGCUGUCCAUAAACAGAACCAACGGCAAUAUUUACUGGGUCCAAGCCCCUUCCCUAAUAAGCAGUCAGCUCGGCAAAGAAGACACCCUUGAAGUGACAGUAAUCGCCCACAGCCCCAGGCCCGGCUCCAGGUCGGCAUCCUGCAGUGUGUUUGUGAACGUGUCUUUGCCGUCUGAAGGACGUCACAGGCCGGCGUUCGCUCACAGCUUCGCCGUCAGCCUUGUGCUCUCCUUUUUAGUGUUCCUCUUACUCGUCUUCACGCUAACUGUUCUGAUUUUAAGGCAUAAGCCAAAAGAGCCACCACACGGUUACGAAGAGAAGACACCAUCGUCCCCCGAUGCUGACCCCGGGCUGAUCAGGGCUGUGAGCGAGCUCAAGGCUGGGCAGGAGACCGCGGAGUACAGGGACCUGCCAGGGCCUGACGGAGCUAUGCCGGCUGAAUGGUUGAACUUGAUGAGUGUCAUGGAGAAGGACAUUAUCCACCUGUACAGGCGCUCCAACUCCAGCGGCCACUGCUCGGUGGAUGCAGAGACUGCAGAAGACAAAGAAAUCCAGAGGAUAAAUGAGCACCCUUACAGGAAGGACUCAGACUCUGCCCUGAGUGAACGGGGCUCCAGGGUGCCAGACUCGGGCAUCCCCAGGGACUCUGAUCAGCUUUCCUGCCUGUCGGGAGACACCGAUGUGAGGACUAGUACUGAGCUAAUAGAAGCCUGUCACGUGUUUGAUGGAGGAGACAGAGGCGACGGCUGUGACAGAGUCUCUGUUCAAAGUGACGCAUUACCCCACAGAAGGGGGGCCAAAGCAGGUAUCUUGGUUGAUGGCGGGCAUUCAGGCCACCAGGAGGGAAGGGCUGCAGCCCUACCCACCGAGAAAGCCUCUGAUGACGAUGCCAGAGGAAGCUAUGCCUGGGAUUGCUUCCUCAGUUGGGAACCCAAGUUCCAGCAUCUUGCCUCGGUGUUUAACGAUAUUGCCAGGCUGAGGCACGAACACCUGCACCUGCCUGGCAGUACAGAAGACACAUCUUUUGCUUUCCCACCCCCUCUGAUAACAGCAGUAGCGCAGCCCGGGAUCAAGGCGGUUCCCCCACGAAUGCCAGCCCUCCUCCUGCCACAAGCUCUUCAGAAAUUCCCCCGGUCUCCCCUUCCCUACCGCGGCGGCUCUCUACCGGAAACCAUGACUCCCAGCUUCUCGCCGUCUCUUUCCCUACUGACCACGCAGACUCCCGCCAGGUCACCAGUGUUGCUGGAAGGAGAAUCUGUGGGAACGCACAAGCGUGGCAUGCGCCACGAACUGAAAACCGAAGAUGAAGUUCAAGUAUAGAAUGAUUCUGGUGCUGAAUCCCUGCUCCCCACUGCUCAGCUCAGACCUUUGAGAAGACACAAUCAAGUCCUGACGGGCGGAUGGCUUGCUUCCAACCCAACAGGGGGAGACGUCAUGCAGCCACCGUUGUUUUUUUUUUUUUUUUUUUUUUUGUGAUUUUUGUUUGUCUGUUUGUUUUGUUUUGUUUUUUAAAGCUGGCCAUUUCAGGUUCUCAAAAUUCUUGCAGCCUUAAUGAAAAGUUAUUUCCUCUUUUAGACUUUUUAGGCUACUCUCAGGACUCACUUGUGUGAACAUUAACUAGUAUGUUCUGUUAAUCCUGGCUUUUUAGAAAUGUUUAGAAUUUGUGAUGUUAAUAAUCAUCAGAAAUUAUGACUGGAAUUUUUCAUGCCUCUGUGCUGAUAGGCCAAAUAAGCGUUGUCUAUUGAGUGAAGCAGAACGUGUGUACUUGAUGUAGGGCCGAGACAGACAGGAAAAUGGUCAGGCAGCUGUCUGCCACCAGAAACCUGUCAUCUCUGCCUUCUCUCGAAAUGAUGUCCCUCUGGUGCUCUGUCCAGAUAAGAAACUUCAAAGAUUAACUUAUAGAAAUUAUUUCAUUUUAUUUUCUUCUACAUACAGUAACUUUGUGUAUGAAAUAAUUUAUCCAUUCGAUGUCCAGUUUUCACAUUUGUGUAGACAAAAUUGUGUUGCUAGCUAAUUAUAUAUUUCAUAGAGUAAUUUAGCAGUAUAUUUUUAAAUUAAGUUUUUUUAUAUAUGUGAAAGCUUCUACUAUUAAAGCUAAGGGUGGGUGUAAGAA